AAAACCUUAGAUUAGUAGAUUGUCAAGAGUUGAUGAUCUUUAGUUAGUAAUUUAAUGACUACAAGAUAUUUUAGAACACAACAAUGCCAAAAAAUUACGCGCUCUCAUUAAGCAGCAGUACAUACAAAAAUCAUAUAUUUGAAGGAUUUUCCCGCUUGCAACAGAAUGACGAGUUUGUUGAUAUGACUUUGGCAGCUGAAGGGCACUGGGUAAAAGUCCACCGGACACUUGUAGCCCUUGCAAGCCCGUACUUCAGAGAAUUGCUUCAGAGUUUGCCUUGUCAGCACCCUGUCAUGUAUCUGUAUGGCGUCAGUCAUGAAGCGUUAGGGUUUAUUUUGGAGUAUAUUUAUACAGGUCAAGUAGAAAUACCGCCAGAAAAAGUGCAAUCAUUUCUCCACACAGUCAGAGAUAUGCAGAUUGCAGGCUUAAAGAAUGUUGUACCACCUGAUGAAAAUGAAGCACCAAGACAACUAAAGCAAAAUAAACAUGUAUUUCUCAAUACUAGGCAACCAUUCUCUGCUGCGGGAAUGUAUAAUACAACAAACAAUGAAAACAACACAAAUUUUCAAUUAAAGGUUCCCUCCAUUGUUAUACCUGAAACUAGAAAUGAGAUUGAAGGAAAUAAUAAAUCAUUGUUCUUUAUGAAAAGUACACCAAUGCCAUUGGAGGGAAGUAAUGUAUUUCAAGGUACCAGAAAUAUCAAUGCUGCAAUGCCUAGUGAGCCAAUCAAUCAAAAUUUGGUUGAAUUUACAGCAACCAAUACUGAUAUGGAUCAUAAGCUCAUACCAAUUCAAGAUACCAGAAAUAUGAAUGUGCCUAGUGACACUAUAAAUAUAAAUUUGGAUGAAUAUGCAGCAACCAGUACUGAUAUGAAUAAAAAGCCACAAAGUAAUGAAUUAAAAACUAUCAGAAAUAGUAAUGCACCCAACAAGAUGAUCAAUAUCACUAUGGAUGAAUCAGCAGUAACCAAUGAUGAUACUAACAAAGAUUUGAGAAGUAAUGAAUUACUAAAUGUCAGAAAUAUAAAUGCAUACAAUGAUAUGAUCAAUUUAACUUUGGAUGAACCUGAGAAAAGUAACAAUAAUAUUAACCAAAAGCUAAAAAGUAAUGAUUUUUCUAAUAUCAGAAAUAUAGACACAUCUGGUAUCAAUAUGAGAUUGGAUGAAUCUGCAGCAAUCUAUGACAAUAUUGAUCAAGCACAGAUAAGUGACGAGUUUCAAAGCAUAAGUAAUAUAAAUGUACCUGGUCAAACAAUCAAUAUAACUCUGAAUGAAUGUGCAAACAAUGAUAAUAUUGAUAAUGUUAGCCAAAAGCCAGUUGCUAAAAUUGAAAUACUUAGCUCUACUGUCAUUAAAAGCAAAUGUAGCAAUGCAGGUGUGAACUUGACGGGGCAAGGGCAGUUGCCAGAGAUAUAUGCCCAAGCUUUAGCAAAUAUCAACAAUCAGAACACUUCAAAUCAUCACGAAACUAACACACAAAAUGUUAAGUGUGCCAGUAGAAGCUUAAUGGACAUCAGUCAAUUAUUAGAUUUUAAAGAUGAUGUUUCCAUGGAUGUGGAUAAUCAACCUGAUUCGUUGGAGACACCAGCUUCAAGCAGAAAUGUUGAAGAGAUGGGCUAUUCAAGUAAUAUGGAAGAAAAUGAUGAAAUGGGUCAACAAAUUACAGAUACAGACACAUUACUAUACACGGUAUCAAAUCGGGGCGCGUUGCAGUUAAUACUGAACCGUUUUAUAUUCUGCUGCCACUACCAGCGAGACAAUGGCCACAAAAGGCGGUGGCGGUGUAUAGAAUACAGAGAUAAAAGAUGUGGCGCUGCGAUUGACACAAUUGGCGAACAGGUUGUGGCAAGAAAGCACAAACAUUGCCAUCCUAAUCACGAAGAAAAAAUCGGGAAAAAAAUGGCACGUAAAGAUGUGAAAAUUUUUACGACUAUACAGAUGGCGCAAGAUGUUAUGAAACAAAAAAGUAAGACUUCGUAACUUUUUACCCUCGCGAAAGAAGUGUUCUAUUAAGAAACCUGACGGUCUAGCAUGAGUU